AUGAAAAUGGCGGCUCUCUGUACAGAGUUUGGAAACCUGGUGCAAAUCAAGAAGCAACUACUAACAGUCAUAUCUCUUUGCAGAGAAAGGGGACUUGUACAUAGCGUGAAGUGGGCUUCAGAAUUGGCAUUUGCCUUGGACCCUCUUCCUAAGGAUGAAUCACCUCCAUCACCACCCUUUACUGAGGAAGAUGCCCAAGACCUCGAUGCACUUGCUUUGGCCAAGUCGUACUUUGACCUAAAAGAGUAUGACCGGGCAGCUUACUUUCUGCAAGGCUGCCGCAGUCAAAAGGCCUAUUUCCUCUAUAUGUAUUCCCGCUAUCUGUCCGGAGAGAAAAAGAAGGAUGAUGAAACUGUGGACAGUCUUGGGCCUCUGGAGAAGGGUCAGGUGCGCAAUGAAGCCUUGCGAGAACUAAGGGUCGAGCUGAGUAAGAAGCACGGUGUAGGCGAACUAGACGGCUUCACUCUGUACCUGUAUGGGGUGGUACUACGGAAGUUGGACCUGUUGAAGGAAGCUGUUGAUGUGUUUGUUGAGGCAACUCAUGCCCUCCCUCUUCACUGGGGAGCAUGGCUGGAGCUCUGUAACCUUGUUACCAAUAUCGAAAUGCUGAAGUCCUUGUCUCUGCCUGACUGCUGGAUCAAAGACUUCUUCAUGGCUCACAUGUACACAGAGCUGCAGAUGAUCAAAGAAGCAUUACAGAAAUACCAGAGUCUCAUCAAGGCUGGCUUCUCCAAGAGCACCUACAUUAUCUCACAGAUUGCUGUGGCCUACCACAACAUCAGAGACAUUGACCAAGCCUUGGCCCUUUUCAACGAGUUAAGGGAGCAAGAUCCUUAUCGUAUUGAGAAUAUGGACACAUUCUCCAACUUGCUCUACGUCAAAAGCAUGAAGCCAGAGUUGAGUUACUUGGCCCACAACCUGGUGGAAAUAGACAAAUACCGAGUGGAGACCUGUUGUGUUAUUGGGAACUAUUACAGCUUACGCUCCCAGCAUGAAAAAGCAGCGCUGUACUUUCAGCGGGCCCUUAAACUGAAUCCUCGCUGUCUGGGUGCCUGGACUCUCAUGGGUCAUGAAUAUAUGGAGAUGAAGAACACCUCUGCUGCCAUUCAAGCCUACAGACAUGCCAUUGAGGUGAACAAGCGAGACUACCGUGCAUGGUAUGGCCUCGGCCAGACCUACGAAAUCCUCAAGAUGCCAUUUUAUUGUUUGUAUUACUAUCGGAAGGCUCACCAACUCAGGCCCAAUGAUUCACGGAUGCUCGUUGCGCUGGGUGAGAGUUAUGAAAAACUGUCACAGCAAGUUGAAGCCAAAAAGUGUUAUUGGAGGGCGUAUUCUGUUGGAGAUGUGGAGAAAAUGGCUCUACUUAAACUGGCAAAGCUCCACGAGCAGCUGAACGAGUCUGAUGAUGCUGCCCAGUGUUACAUCAUAUACAUCCAAGACAUCUAUGCAUGUGGGGAACAGCUAGAGCAUGAUGAGGUGAGCACAGCCCUGCGCUACCUGGGUCAGUACUAUUUCAAGAACAAAUUCUAUGAUGAGGCAUCUCUCUGUGCUCAGCGCUGCUGUGAUUACAAUGAUGCUCGCGAGGAGGGCAAGGCUCUUCUUCGACAGAUCUCCCAGGUCAGAGAUCAGACUGAGAUGCCAUCUACAGAAUUCUUUACUCCACUCUCCAACAACACUCCUGCCAGAAGAGUGUCUCCACUAAACCUUUCAUCUUUCACACCCUGACACACUUCCCUGAUUUGCCUGUCUGAAAUAUUUGUUUUGCCACAGCCAAAAAAAAAAAAAAAAAAAGCCCUUUCAAUAAUUUCUGAGAAUAGUUGUUCUUGUAAUUUCUUGUCUUAUAUAAUGUAUAACUGUUACCAUUUGCGUACAGUAAGCAUGAUAGCCGAAGCUGUUAUGCGGUGGAUAUUGAAGAGCUUUUGGAAUGCCUUGUUUUUGUUAUAUUAAUGUAAAUAUGCCUUUAGUUGUAUGGUGAAAUAAAACAUUACAGGAUGGUGACACCGCAUGGUUGUCAAGCCAUUCAGUUCCGAACACAUGUUAAUAAAGAAUUUUUUUAAA